AACAUCAGCCUCCCUCCAUCUUCGACCACUUCGCCCUCACUGCCGAUCGCUUUCUUUUUUUUCCUCUCUCCAUUUUAGUCCCACCUCUGUCUCUCUCUCUCUCUCUCUCCUCCAGCAUCUGCUCCUUCCUUGCCUCGCUGCCUUUCCUGCAGCUUCCUCCCUCUCCUCCUCCUCCUCACCCUCAUUCCUGCCUUCCCGUCUGCCUCCUGCCACGCUUCUUCUUCUUCUUCUUCUUCCUCCUCCACCUCUCCGUCGACCAGGAUGUGGCGUUCGGCCGCACUGCUCCUCUCGGGAAUCUCGGCGCUGAUCCAAGUGUCUUCAGGGGGUCCUCACCAGAGAAACCUGCUGAAGAACCUGCUGAAGGACUACAACCGCAUGGAGCGCCCCGUGGGCAACGACUCGCACCCGCUGACCGUCACCUUCUCGCUCAGUUUGAUCCAGAUCAUGGACGUGGACGAGAAGAACCAGGUGCUCACCUCCAACAUGUGGCUGCGGAUGAGCUGGUUCGACCACUAUCUCCAGUGGAACCAGAGCGAACAUCCCGGAGUUAAAAACCUUCGCUUCACCACCGACCAAAUCUGGACGCCGGAUAUUCUGCUAUACAACAGUGCAGACGACGACUUCGACGCCACCUUUAAGACCAACGUUCUGGUCAACUCCAGCGGCUAUGCUGAAUAUUUGCCUCCAGGCAUCUUCAUGAGCACGUGCAACGUGGACGUGCGCUGGUUCCCUUUCGACAUCCAGAAGUGCGUCCUGAAGUUCGGCUCGUGGACGUACGACGGCUGGCUGCUCGACCUCCAGAUGAACGACGCCGACGUCUCGGGCUACAUGCCCAACGGCGAGUGGGACCUCAUAGGCGUGCCCGGCGCCCGGAACGAGGUUUUCUACGAUUGCUGUAAGGAGCCGUACCCGGACGUGACCUUCGCGGUGACCAUACGGCGCAGGACGCUCUACUACGCCCUCAACCUGCUCAUCCCCUGCAUGCUCCUGUCCUCCAUGACACUCCUCAUCUUCGUGCUACCCGCAGACUCGGGGGAGAAGAUCUCGCUGGGGAUUACCGUCUUGCUGUCGCUGACUGUGUUCAUGUUGCUGGUGGCCGAGAUCAUGCCGGCCACGUCCGACUCGGUCCCUCUCAUAGGUCAGUACUUUGCCAGUAUAAUGAUCAUCGUGGGCAUGUCCGUUAUCGCCACCGUGGUGGUCCUGCAGUACCACCACCACGACCCCAACGGAGGGAACAUGCCCAAAUGGGUGAAGCUGGUCCUUCUCCAGUGGGUGGCGUGGUUCCUGCGGAUGAAGCGCCCCGGCGAGACGGAGAAGCCGGGGAGGCCCCCCUGCGCCCCCCACCUGCGCCGCUGCUCCUCGGGCUCCCACAGCGGGAGCAUCCCCAACCACGGCGAUCCGGCCCUGCACCCGCUGCAACCGCAGACCUUGGCCCCCCUGCACCAACCUCACCUCCACGCCAAGUCCAGCGCCAACAACAACGGGAGCCUGCUUUACUUACAGGGGAUGGAGGAGCCCUCGUCGUUGUCUGACGCCACCCAGAGGUGCAACAACAUCCCCGCGGGGUCCCGCAGCCCGCCUGCGCACCUGCCGCCCCACCUCCGCGGAUCCCCGCCGCCGCCCGCCCCAAACUUGGACGCCGCGGUCUGCCCCAGCACCGUCUCCAGCGGGGGCGGGUUUGGAGGCGGCGUGAGCGGCGGCCCGUGCCAGGCCCCGGGCCACGGGGACCCGCUGCUUCAGGCCAUCCUGGAGGAGGUGCGCUACAUGGCGGACCGAUUCCGCGAGCAGGACGAGGCGGAGCGCGUGGCCGACCAGUGGAAGUUCGCGGGCGCCGUCAUCGACCGCCUGUGCCUGGUGGCGUUCAGCGUCUUCAACAUCAUCUGCACCAUAUCCAUCCUCAUGUCGGCGCCCAACUUCGCCGACGCAAUUUCUAAGGACUUUGUCUGAAAAGCCGUGAGGGGGAACAAAGCGGAUGAGGGGGAAUUAAGCUAACAAGCUGGCUUGGAUCCAGCGGGACUUCACAUUGUAGACUAGAAGACAGAGGAAAAUAUGUGGAUUUCACACUGUGCACUGCACUGACUGAACUUGAAGAAAAUAGACAAAAAAGUGGAGUCAAAGCUUUCCGGCUUUUAGGAAAAAGAUCGGAGGUCUAACAGAGGCGUGACAGCGUCUGUGUGAAAUGGCCAGAAUGGGGUUGUGAAGUUCAACAAAGCGGCAAGCCUGCCUUUGCUGGGUUCUGUGCAAAAGGCAAAAUGUGAAGGAUCCCAAGCGGCUAUUUUUCCACUUUUAUUCCUUUCGUCACGGUUUUGUAUAAACAGCUCCGACACGGAUGAGGGACGAAAAGAGACCUGGCCUGCCUUUGCUGUGUUCUGUAUAAAAGGCAAUUUGCGGCUAUUUUGCAGAAUCUCUGCAUGAAAGCAGCUCAACUCUCAUCAGUAGUCAGACCGAAAUAUAUACACUUUGCUCGGUUCUGUGUGAAAAGGCAAAAGAGUGUAAAAGCCCCCUUAGUUUACCUCCAUGACUCGAAUAUUGUAAUUUUGCAGGGUCUCUAUGCGAAAGCGGUUUAACCCUCAUAAGUGAUGAAAGCAUUUAGCUUUGCAGGGUUCCGUAUAAAGCGGGUAUGAUUUGACAGUUUGGCAGGAUCUCUCUUUGAAAGGUGCUUGACUCUCUUAAGACUGACUUACCUAUUCCGGUUUGCUGGGUGUUGUAUGAAAAGGCACAGGUGGAUAAAUGCCGGGUGGACUCAAACGGCUCUAUUUCGCGGGAUCUCUGUGUGAAAGAGGUUUAAAUCUCAUUAGACUGACACAUAGUCCGGUUAGGCUGGGUUCUGUGUAAACUUUAGCCUGUUACAGAGCCAAUGCGGCUAUUUUGCACGAUCUCUGUGUGAAAAAGAGCUCCAGUGAUAAGAAGGACACCUUGGAGAACAAAGAGAAGGAUAUGCAGAUUCUUUUUUUUUUUUUUUUUUUUUUUAAGAGCAGCGCAGAAAACAGUAAGCGAAGAAGGCGCUCAUCCAUUAUUCAACCCUCGGCGUCUAAUGGCCAUCAAAUUAAAAAGUCCUCCCGUCGUCUUUAAGCGCGACUACUUGGCUUUGAAAAGACGACCUGGGCACUUUGCAUUUCCAAGGGCCUCGUUAUUCCCGCAGCUAACACGCCUCCCCAAAAAGGAAUUCAAGCUGCGGUGGAACCGAAGCAGAUCUCAGAUCGGCGGUAAAGGUUCCGCAAUCAACAGGGACGAGCGACGUCUUAUUCAAUGCGAGCAAAGUGUGUCAUUCAAUAUGCGCGGUGCCGCAAAAAGGAUGAGGCUGCUUUCAUUUGGUCGCUCUUGUCAAGGAACAGAAAGCAAUCCAAAUCCAUAAAGAAGAUUUCCUGCCCCGUGGCACAUUUGCUAAUUUGUGUCUAAUGGAGAUCUUCAGCCAGACGAGAGAAGAGACACAAUAGUAGGCACAACUCAACCUCAUGGCAUCCAAUACUAAAGAGCUGUAACACUUGCUAAAAAUCAGGUUUCAAAUGCUAAUUAUUUCUUUGCUUUCGCCAUUUGUUUUUUUGAAUUAGCCUGGAAUUUAUCAGAACACAGAUGGUAGAGUCCGAUGAUUGCGAAUAUUAUUCUCCAAGAAACAGGAAGUAGCUUCAAUGGCGCCAGUGUUUCGCUUUUGUCAGAGAGAUUUAUUUUUCUUUGAAAUCGUGUCACAUACUCACCACACUCAGAAAAUAAAAAUAAAAAUGAUACAGUACUGUCGUCUUACGAGCCAGGAAAAUAAACAAAAAGCUUUCA